GUGGCAAGAUGGCUUCCCUGGAUCGGGUGAAGGUGCUGGUGUUGGGAGACUCAGGUGUUGGGAAGUCUUCAUUAGUUCAUCUCUUAUGCCAAAAUCAAGUGCUGGGAAAUCCAUCAUGGACUGUGGGCUGCUCAGUGGAUGUCAGAGUUCAUGACUACAAAGAAGGAACUCCAGAAGAGAAGACUUACUAUAUAGAAUUAUGGGAUGUUGGAGGCUCUGUGGGCAGUGCCAGCAGUGUGAAAAGCACAAGAGCAGUAUUCUACAAUUCUGUAAAUGGUAUUAUUUUAGUACAUGACUUAACAAAUAAGAAAUCAUCCCAAAACUUGUAUCGCUGGUCAUUAGAAGCUCUCAACAGGGAUUUGGCACCGACCGGAGUCUUGGUAACAAAUGGGGAUUAUGAUCGGGAACAGUUUGCUGAUAAUCAAAUCCCACUGUUGGUAAUAGGGACUAAAUUGGACCAGAUUCAUGAAACCAAACGCCAUGAAGUUUUAACGAGGACUGCUUUCCUGGCUGAGGAUUUCAAUGCAGAAGAGAUUAAUUUGGAUUGCACAAAUCCACGGUACUUAGCGGCAGGUUCUUCCAAUGCUGUCAAGCUCAGUAGGUUUUUUGAUAAGGUCAUAGAGAAGAGAUACUUUUUAAGAGAUGGUAAUCAGAUUCCAGGCUUUCCUGACCGAAAAAGGUUUGGGGGAGGAAUAUUCAAGAGCCUUCAUUACGACUGAAUUAUACUCAUCCUCUGGAAGAGAGAGCAAAUUUUCACAGCCUUCUUCUUGCCAUGUCAGUUAUUAACGUCUCAGCCUUUUAACGAAAUCAUCUUAAAAUGCCACCCUUUCAGGUUCAUGUUCUAAUGGAAAAAUGAAAAGAACUGCCAAUGUAGGAGGUCCAGACUUUGUCCCAAUUCUCUCUGUUCCUCAUCCUUCUGUCCCGGUUUAUAGAUUACGUAAAAGCCUUGUGGAAACAUGAGGUGUUGUCACAGUGAUGCAGUAAAUGAGCAGUGACAGAGUGCUGCAGAGAAACUUUACUCUUGCCUGGAACUGGAGGGUUUUUAUGGGUCUGUAAUUUUCCCACAUUCAUUGCUGAAGGCUUAAUUAAGUACUUCAAAAAUGUGUCUCUAUUGUUUUACCUUCUUGAGGGGAAAGGUUAUGUUAACCAGCCCUGAGUUGUCCACCCCAAACAAUCUCUUUGUCAUUUUCAAAGAAGCCAAAUGGUGUUAUUUAAUUGUCUCCACCCUCCUCACACGUCACACGCACAGGGAAGCCUAAUAAUAGCAGCCCUUGUCUGCCUCUCCUUGCCUUUGCAAAUGGCUCAGUGGCUGGAAGAGGCGGACUAAUAGCUGGAGUUAAAUAUAAAUACAGAUUAAUAAUACAUAGAGAACAGCAGUGCCAGAAAAGAAUUCUGAGAGAAAUUGACAGCUCACUAAAUCCUUCACUCUUUAGGACACCGGUGUCAGCACUCUCUGACUGCUUUCUUUUUGGAAAUCUAAGACCUGCACAAGGGCAGUGAGAAGAGAUUUACAGCCCCUUCAUUUUUAUUUUUCUGAAGGAAACAUCAAGUCCUGAAAUAGUAAACUAAGAAUAUUAUUCUUUGUGUCAACAAUGUAUUUAUGGAGAGAAGUAAAAAUAAAUUCCACAGCAAAGCAUUUCCAUGAAUCACAGACCUGGAUUCUUGGAUUUUGUAAUCACUCCA